CAAAGUCAUAAAAACAUUAUAAAAUAGAGAAGAAUUAAGUGAAAGUGUUUUUUUUAAUUUCUGAAAAUCAUUAAAAAAAAAUAAUGUCGAUUGCAAAAGUAUUAAGUUUAGAUGAAGUUAAAAAACAUAAUAGUUCUACAGAUUUAUGGAUUAUUAUUGAAGGAAAGGUGUAUGAUUUGACAAAAUUUCGUGCUGAGCAUCCUGGUGGAGAAGAAGUAUUAGAUGAAUUAGGUGGAAAAGAUGGUACAAAAGAUUUUAAUGAUGUUGGUCAUAGCGAGGAUGCAAAAAAUAUGAUGACAAAAUACUAUGUUGGAGAUUUGGAGAAAAUUGAAUCAUCAAUGCCAGUUAGGGAAAUUGCUAUGGCAUGUGCAGCAGCUUUUAUUGGAUUCACUUUGGUUUUUAUGAUAAAGAAAUUAAUGAGCAAGCACUAAAUGGCAAAUAUUAUACUAUUAUCUGCAGCAUUUUGAAAACUAUAUAGGUAUAUUUUUAUACAACAAUUUAAAUGUUAAUAAAUUAAAAAAAAUACAUUUUUAAUUAUAAAAUAUAAUUAAUAUUUAAUAACAUUUAUUAUUCCGUAAAAUAAAUUAUAAACAUAUAUAUGUAUUUGUUAUUCAUAAAGGAAUUGUGUAAAUGCAAUAAAUUUUAAUGUACAAUAAUUUAUUAGUAAUAAAGUUAU